AUAAAUGACCAGUCAAUAUUAGAUUGUGGCAAUGAUCUACGAUCUCAUGCAUUUACCUGAUUCAGUGAUUUCUUACUUUAAAUACAAACAGUGGUGGCACAGUGACAAUUGGUGUGAUAGUCAUUCUCCGCGUUUUGAGCACCAGCAGAGAUAACACGAGGUUUCUGGAUUUUGUAAUCUGACGAGAGGUUCUUAGCCUUGUAGAGUUGAAAUAACUCACUUGCAAGAUAGAAGCGUUUUGAAACUAAGAAAAGAUCGACGCGUAUAAUAUAAAGAACAAUGGCCACCGUGCAGUCUCCUUCUGACUUAAGCCUGGCGUCGACGCUGCCUGUGAAACAGGAUUCAAACGACUUAGACCUAGUCGCAUUGACAAUGGCCGCGCUACGUUUUGUAAGUCCAUGGUCUGUGGACACCGCAACCAAAUGGUCGACGCGUAUUGUACCUGGGACUCCGGAAGCUAAAGAUCGCGUCAUCACAUUAGCAGAGGUCUCUCUACAUGACACCCCUAAAGAUUGCUGGGUAGUUAUUUACGACAGGGUCUAUGACAUCACCGAUUUUCUUGAUGAGCAUCCUGGUGGAUACGACGUCAUGUUAGAGUAUGCUGGACGUGACGCAAGCACAGCUUUCAGGAGCUCUGGGCACUCUAUUCUAGCUACUAAAGCACUAGAUCGCUUUUUGGUUGGCGAGCUCCCCCUCCAAGAACGCAUGUAUCGUCGACCGGGUGGCAUUCGUCUUAGCGAUAUGCCUGAAUAAUUCGCUAAAAUUCACCCAUAUAAUAUAAGUCACUUUGUUUAAUUAUUCUUUGACACUGUGAAAGAAAUUUAAUUUAAAACUAUUUAAAAUUGUUGUUAGGCUAAGUUAUCGCAAUAUGCUCUUAUCGCUUAAACUUUCUUAUAACAAAUAUAUUACUUAUUUAGUUUAGGUAUUAUUGUUAACAAAGAGACAGUUGUGUUGUGAGAUGUGUGUAUAAAGAUUUUUGCCAGUAUUAUCUGGUACAUUUAUUAAAUUAAGGUAUCAUGUUUUGCAUUUAUUUAGAAUCAUUUAUUUUAAAGACCAUUUCGCACUACAGUAUUAUGUAAAAUAUUUUUUACACUUUAUUUUUACUAAAUGUUUUCUUUCUGUUUACAAUAUAUGUAUU